GAAGCGCCAAGUGGGACAGUGGGGCCGAGUGGGGCCGCUUUCACGCCGUCUCGAGGGCCCUUGAGGUGCUGCAUGAUCGCAAGGUUUCGGCGGCGCAGGCUAGAGCCGAGACCGUAGCUCAUUUGAGGCGGUAUCCAGAAGCGUAUGUUGAAUUUUGGGAUCGCGUUGACGACCGCGGUCAGGGCGUUGAGAACUGGGUUGAUUACCUGGUCAGAAUGGCUGUGGCCGACGCCUGGGCAGGUCACUUAGCGUUGGUCGCAUGCGCAAAAACUCUGAGGAUCUGUUUGCUCAUCUUGCCGGAAGACGCUUCGCGGGUCACAUGUUGCUUUGGCAAUCCUGCUCAUCCACCGGUCGCCCUCUUCCACACCCGCAAUCACUACGACUUGCUGCUGCCGUCGGAGGGCACUGUGUACCCAAGUGUUAUCAUGGACAUUGCUAAGGUUUUGCGUUUGGUGCUGGACGAGGCCGGCGAUGAGAUUUCGCACCCGGGUGAUUUAAACCACGGUGGUGACAUUGAUGUGCCUGGUGAUCGAGCGCAGGGGUCUGGGCGAGGCCAAAAGGACCAACCUCGCAGCAUCCAGGACUUCUUCACGCAGUCUGUCGACGGUGCCAGUGUUGCAAGCGCUCAGGGCUUGACAGCUGAGAAGGCCCAGGCCAAUCAAAUUGAUCCUCAACGGCGCGACCCUGCCGUUCAGCUUCGUUUAGAGGGGUCGCCGAAGCCUGAUGGUUGCGAUGAAGGAGGUUUGACUGAUGCUGAAGGCCUCCCCCCACCGCCAGCUCCUGCACCUCAGGUCAGACUAGGCUCACGUGGCCGUGUCCUAAAAGGGAGGCGCAAGGCUGCCGACUGUUGGCGAUGUGAGUGGUGCGACUUUGUCGCUGACGGUAAAUGGUAUGCUAAGCGGUUUAAUCAUGUCCGAGCUUGGCACCCGGAACACCUGCAUCUGUUUUCCCAGCGUGUGCUUCCGGUUUUUCGGCUUCCUGGCCCGACAGACACCGUUCUCUGGCCGUGUCCCUGCUGCAACCUGGCCCUGCUGGAGCAACAGCCUCCUAUUUCCAAGGACACUGCUCUCAAAGCUCGCCUUCGCCACCAACGUGAGCAUCACCCUGGUGCCUCAAAGAAGAGUUUCCUGCUGCCAACCACCCGUGAUAAUGCACCAAAGGCCACUCGAGCGGUCCUUGCGGCUGGGGUUGCACCCCGCCUCCUUCAGCGGCGCACGGGAGAGUACGGGGAUCACAAGGUGGUGUUCUUUCGCAUCCCUUGGCUCGGCAGUGCGGUUAAGAAGGCCAGGGCCACGCGGCUCGUGCACUUUUGCACCGCUUGCGCGCAGUACGGUGACACCCCGAAACGGUUGCGUGCUUUACGCUGUGCCCCGAGCCCGGGUUCUGCUGGGCGGUCCAAGUUUAUCGCCAAGCUUCGGGCUGCCCUUGAGGAAGAGCAUUCCCCUGAGCUUCUCGCUGCUGUCAAGCGGCUGCUCAAGCUGUUGACGGCUGCCACUGACCGCCAGACUCGCCGGGUCACUGGCAAGCGGUGCCCACCGCCGGCUCUGCGCAAGCAUGAGGUGUGUGUGCGUUGCGUGCGCCGGCACGUGCGCGGCGGAGGAGACGUGAGCUUGAGCAGGCCAUCGCCUCUGAUGAUGUCGUUGGGGCCGCUGGCCUCGAUCCGCAUACCAUCGCCGCGCCCGCUCUGCCCAUCGGGUCUGACAACGCUCUUGUUCCGUCCUCGGCUCCGGUUCUCACUGCUUGUGCGUCGUCCACGCCCACUGGCCUGUGUGUUCGUCCUGCUCAUGACGGUGGUCGCUGACAGACUCCGCCUGGGCACGCUAAACGUUGCCACUCUUGCGGGCCGUGUUGCCACGGUCGUCGCUUUGUGCGUCUCUCUUGGCCUGGACUUGUUGGCGCUUCAAGAAACGCGUGUGCCGGUUCACUCGCGCGCUUCGGUUGAGGCGGCUUUUGCUAAGGCUGGUUGGCACUGCGUGCUUGGCCCGCAUGCGGAGGCCAUCGAUGGCAAACCCCAGUAUGGUACCGCCAUUAUCUCUCGUGUGCCGGUUGUCCAGUUUGCCCUGCCUGAGACUUUGGUGCUCAAGGGUCGUGGGUGUGGUGUACGCGUCCACCGUGUGAGAACUCAGGGUUCCUGGAGGUAUGCCGACGAGGUUGUCUUGGGCGGCUGCGUGAUGCCUCCCACUAGACGUGAUAAGCAUGGUCUUCCUACCGGCAGAUGUGUGGAUUUCGCUUUGUCCACCGUCGGUCUCCCGGCUUUGGCUCGUCAGCAAACUCGUGGUCCGGCAGAUCACGACUUGAUUGCCUACGACUUUGGCAUCGACCGUGACCUUCGGGCGGUUCUGCGGGCUCCUUUCCGUCUGCCUUUGGUUGACUCCGUGGAGCCUGUCUCUUCGGAUUCCUGGCGCGUUAGUUGGGCUCCGCGUGACUCGGAGUUCUCUUCUGCUUUGCAAACUGGUGACCUUGACCUUGCUUGGUCUUUGUUGAGCGACGCGGCUGAGACCCUUCUGUUGGACCCUGUGCGGUCGUCUGGUGGCACUGCGCGCCGGUCGCAAGUGCUCCGUCCCAGACCUGUGGCCCUGUCUUCUACCAAGGCGCCCACGGUUCAGUCCCACAAGGAGCGCUGUCUCCCCCGCUUGGCGCGUCGUGCCACUGAGCUUCUUCGCUUCCCGGAUAGCCACGACGCUCCCGUGUUGAGACGCAAGUUGUGUGUUUCGGCUUCUUCGCUUGGCCUUUCUUUUCAAGGUAACUUGCCUCGGCUGGUUGAGGAUGCGCUGUCCGCUGCUGCUUCCUUGGAAGCUUCCUCGGUGGCCUUCCGUGUUGCUAGUUGGCAUAAGGCUCUUCAGCCGAACCCUAAGCGUAUGCGCCAGUGGAUCCGGCGCGUUCCCGCUGCGGAUCCUCGCCCGCCUGGCGGUGACCCGGUUCACCCUUUGGACAUCGCCGCGCAGGAGCACGACAGGUGGCGUCGCCAGUGGACGCGCGAGCCUGCGCAUUCUGCUGACGAGACUUGGCAUUGGUGUUUGGCUCAGGGUCCUCCUGCCGCUGCCUGGACUCAGGAUGACCUUUAUCCCACCGCUGAGGCCCUUCUUGCUUGCAUGCGUGCCUCUGCUCGCCGUGCCCCUGGUCUUGACGGCUGGGCUCCCAGCCAAUUGUCGCGCCUUCCCCUGGACUUUUACGAGCUUCUUGCCCGGCUUUGGGCUGCUUGUUUGUCGGAGGCCAGCUUGCAGCGAGCCUGGUGCCAGGUCCGUGUUGCUCUCCUGCCUAAACCGGACGGUGGUCGCCGGCCCCUGGCCGUGGCCUCUGCUCUUUGGCGCGUGCUUGCUACGGUGGUGGUUCGCAAGCUCCGUUCCUGGACCUUGUCUUGGGUUCCCGCUGAGCUGCUUGGGUCCGCUGACGUGCAGCGGUGCUUUGACUCCGUGUCCUUUGACCAGGCCUUUGAGGCGUUCUACUCCCGGCAAGAGCGCCACGUCGCUUGGCAAGGUGUGUACCACCACUCCCCUGCUGCCGAGCCGCGGGCUUCCCUGGCCGUUUACCUUGACGACAGAACCGUGCGGCGUGUGGGGAGGCAGGCUUCCCAGGUUGUUGUCGCGGCUGCCCGUGCGGGCACCACCUUCGACGACUGCCGCGGCCCCUGGUUGCGCCCGGAGAAGCUUGGCUCUAUCGCUACCACGGCGCGCGAACGAGCUGCCCAGCAGGCGGAGGCCCUGGUUGUUGGCACUGUCAAAACGCAGUUUGUGCUUUUGGGCGUCCCGUACACCUUUGGCACCACGUGCCUUCCGGACACCACUGCUCUCACGGCUUCUGUUCAGCGGUGCUGUGAGGGCGUUGCCCUGGCGGCUGCCUCUCCGGCGUGCCGUGAGUUGGUGCUCCCUCUCUUUGCUCGGGCGGGGUCGGGGACCCACUGUAAGCAGACCCACGUUGACACUUGGACUCGGGCCGUGGCCCUGGCCCAGGGGGUCAUAAGACUCGUUCCCGGCUGCCGUUGGGGCACGUGGCAGACCUCGCCUUCGCUGGCUUGGGCCACGGUGCGUCAGGAGUGGCUUCGCUGUUCUCUCCCAGCUGCUUACCGCUUGGGUUCUGACACCAUCACUCCGAGGUGGGUCGCUCUUCAACGCAAGUGGGGCUGGACUUCCGCCCCUGACGGUUCUUGGAUCACUGGGCUCGGCGUCUUGCGCCCUGGUUGGGAUGGCCUCGGGUGUCUCAGGCGUGUCGCUGACUACGCCUUCCUUCAGCAGGUCUGGUCUUUGGACCCCAAGAGCAGUGAGCACGACCUUGCUCUGUCCCUUCCGGCUUUUGGUCCUGCUCGUCGCUUCGUGGAAGGGCAGGACCGCCGUGUCCUGCGCACUGCCACGGCCUGUGUGGCUGAUGCUCGCCUCCUCAGCCGGCUUCUGCCUUGUGCUCGCUGCGAGCGGGCUCUGCUCCUGCGGCUGCUUCCGCUGCCUCUUCCUCGCAGCUUGCCCCGCUAUGCUGAGGGCAGGGUGCUGUGUGCUUCUGACGGCGGAGCCUUUCUUCGCCCCCAGCUUGAGUGGUGGCAACGAGCCGCCUGGGCUGUUGCUUUUGAAGGGAAUAAGAGCCGGACUGUCUUCGGUGGCCUCGUCGCUGGAAUGGACCAGUCGCCGCAUGCCGCAGAGCGUGCCGGCCUCUGGCAGUUUCUUCGUCACCUUCACCAUGCUGACGUGCCCGCCACGCUCUACCUGGACAACUUCUCGCUGGUGCUGCGCCUGCGCCGGGGCCUUUCGCUUGGCAUAUGGUCCGGCUCCAACCCUGCCUUUUGGCAGGCGGUGUCUAGGACGAUCCGUCGUGAUCUCGUAGUUGCAUGGGUGCCGUCGCAUGGCAAGCAAGCUAGAUGGCAAGCACUGGAGCCGCGUCAGACGGCGCUUGUCCGUGCUCUCAAUGCUGCUGCAGAUGCUAGGUGCUCCUCCACUCUGCUGCAAUUGCGGCCGGACUGGGAUGCUGCUGUUGCUCGCUUUGAACAGGCUGAAGCUUGGAGUGCUCGCGCGCUUUCGGCUCAGCAGGGAGUGUGUGAUCGCUUUCACGAGCUCCUCCGCCAGUGCAUGAGUGAAUGGAAGCUCCGGCAAGGAA